CAACCCCCCUCCGUCCCCCUCGGCUCCCCUGCCCGACCUCGGCCGUCCUCUGCCCUCGAAGCCCGACUGCGAAGCCUGCGACCAAGCCCCCUGGGUGCCCAUGGAGGUUUCCGGCCCCGUUGUCGCUCCCGUUGUUGCUCCUGUCGCUCCCGUUGUUGCACCCGUUGCUCCCCCCGUUGGUCCUGCCCCCGUUGACACGGUGGAUGUUGGCCGCGAAGUGUCCUCCCCAGGCAUCAUCGAGAUCUCUCCUCCCGCCCCUGCUAUCGACAUUAGGUUUAACACAGACACCCCUGUUGAUGAUGAACCCAUUUUCAUCGUAGGAGACGCCUCUCGUGACCCCCGCGUGAUAGAAGGAGGCGUGGCCCUUCCUGUCCUGAAUAACGAGGUCAUCCUUGUAGCCGAAGACCCCGCCCCCGAAUCCUUUACAUUGGUAUCUGAUCCUAUUGACGAGCCUGUCUUCAUCACCGAAGGCGUUUCAGCUCCAGGAAUCAGCCUCCUCCCUGAAGAUUCUGUCCGCGAUUCUUUCGAUAUCGUCUCUGCAGAAGCUCCGGUGAUCAUUGAUGAUUUCUCGACCGGCGUCCCCCUCCCCGACGUCACCUUCUCCCUCUCGGAGCCCCAGGUCAUCAGCGAUGGCCAGCCCAUCUUCCUCAGCUCCUCCGAAGGAUCUCCAGGACUCCCCGAGCUGGUUUCAGUGUCCGACUCCCAACUCCAGUCCAUUGGCGAGCCCACCAUCGUGUCCGUGUCUCAGCCCGAGGUGCUGACGGUGUCCGUGCCCGACGUCCCCGCCGUCUACGAGACCCCGGCUACCUUCCAAGACCCCGUCCUCGCCGAGAACCCGGUGACCAUCGCGGACUUCAUCGUGGCCGACGAGCCGAUCACCUUCGACACCGUCAUCCCCGACACGGCCAUUCGCGUCGGAGACUUCGCGCAAGACGUCACCACCGUCGGCCAGGCGCAGUUCGUGGACGAGACCUUCGGCGCCGCGCAGGGCCCCCAGUCCGUCGGCGUGUCCCUUCCCGAGAUCGCCGCCGUGUCCGAGCCCGAGGUCGUGUCCGUGUCCCAGCCUGAGAUCCUGACCGUGUCCCAGCCCGAGGGCCAGAGCCUACUGACGGCGACUCUACUUGAUCCAGCUGGCGACGUCCCUUUCUCCGUCAUCCAGCUUGAAGAUGUCCAACCUCCUACCCAAUCCUCCUUUCCCGAUAUUCGCUCACAAGGGGUUCUUCAGGAGACCUCGGCCGCGGCAGGUGUCCCCCUCCCCGGCCUGGACUCCCCCCAGUUCGUAGGCUCUAGCCAGGGUGCGGUCGGUGGUAGCGAGUUUCUGUCCGUCUCCGAGCCGCAGGUGGUGUUCGUGUCCCAGCCGGAGAGCGUGUCCAUUUCCGAGCCGCAGGUGGUGUCCGUCGAGCAGCCGCAGGCAGGCCAGGCUUUCUCCGCUCCCGAGGCGAACAUCCAGCAGGCCGUGCUCACGGGGGUCAUCCAAAACGCCCCUGACAUCUUCACGCCCCAGGCCGACGGGAUUUUGGUGUCCAGCGGCAUCCCUCAGUCUUCGCUGCCCGACAUUCGCUUCGAGGGAUUUCUCCAGGAGACCUCGGCACCGGCAGGCGUCCCCCUCGCCGGCCUGGGCUCCCCCCAGUUCAUAGGCUCCAGCCAGGGCGAGGCCGGCGGCAGCGAGGUCGUGUCCCUGUCCGAGCCGCAGGUGGUGUCCGUGUCCCAGCCGGAGAGCGUGUUCAUCUCCGAGCCGCAGCAGGUGUUCGUCGAGCAGCCACAGGCAAGCCAGGCGCCUCAGAGCAACAUCCAGCAGGCUGUGCUCACCAUGGUCGUGCCCAACGCUCCUGACAUCUUCACGCCUCAGGCCGAUGGGGUGUUGGUGUCCGGCGGCAUUCCUCAGGGGCAGGGAAACAGCAUCGGAUUUCAGGAUACUGUAGGAAUUCUUGAGGAUACUUCCUUCCCUUCCUUCUCCCAGGGCGCCGCUGCUGCCCCUGCGGCCGGCCAACCGCAGGCCCUUGGAGUGGCCUUGCCGGGACUGGGCUCAGCCUCGAGAGACAGCGGAGCCUCUCAGAUUACGCAGGUGUUCCCCUCGGUCGGAAACCUCGGACCAGUGAGCACGGGCGGAGUGCCCCUCAGUGCCGUUGUGCCCGCCCAGAACUUCCCUCCUCCCCCCGCCUUCCCCGCCGUCGAGCAGGCCGGGGCCGACCCCCAGGCCUUCGGCAGCGGCUCCGUCGUGCAGGUGCCCCUCUCGGGCUCGGGCUCCGUGGGCCAGGACGCCUCCAUCUUCCCGAGCAACCCCGGCCAGAGCCAGGUGAUCCCCGUGUCCCCCGUUCAGUUCAACUCCGUGUCUGAGCCGCAGCUGCUCCAGUCCUUCUCCUCUGCCGCCGUGCAGGAUGCCAUCGGCGUGCCCCUCGCUGCCACCUCCCCCCAGGUGAAGACCCCAGACAUGAGCGCCCUCCCCUUGGCUGACCCCUCCUCCUCCUCCUCCUCCCCGUCCUUCCCCCCCUUCUCCCAGGAACCCCAGCAAGUCGCCCCGCCAUCCAACGCCCUCCUUGACUCAGCUGUGGCAGAUGUGAUUCAGGAAGUCCCGUCACCAACCCUCACCAAUGACUUCGACCUCCGGGUUGAGUCAGCACCUCAGGAACCCGAUCAGCUUUACUCGCCACCCGCCACCGACAUCAGCGGCGUAGUGGACGUGCGAGCCGGCGCCUCGGGCAAGUCGCUCUCGGACGCCCAGCCGCAGAGGAACAACAUCGGCUUCGUGUUCCCCCAGAGACGCGACCCGAUCUUGCCCUUCGGUGCCCGCCUGGACCGAAGAAGACCAGGAACAUUCUUUACUAACACCAGAACUGGCUCCCCCCCACUAACCACACAACCAGCCACCACAACGGCCGCCACGACCGCCCCCUCUAGCCCCGCCGGCACCCCGCUCCCGCCCGUCAUCCCCCUCAUGCCCUUCAUCGUGGCGCCCGUGUUCACGCCCGUGGUGGCGGGACCCCCCCAGGACCCCCCCGCCCUCCCCAGCACCGACCUCACGCCCCCCUCAGACUCCCCCAGUAGACCCAGCCUCCCGCCGCGCCUGCAGAGGCUGUUCCCGAGCCAGCGGCUCAUCCAGAGCCUCCGCCAGGAGCAGUCCUCGUCGUCGUCGUCAGAAUCGACGCGGGAGACGUCGAGCCGCACCAGCACGUCGCAGCUGCUCGCGGCCGCCGGCAUGCUGCAGAAGCUGGAGAAGUCCAGCAGCAACAGCAGCAGCAAAAGCAGCAGCAGCAGCAGCCAGCAGGAGAGCAGCGCCUCCUCGCUCUCUCUCCCGGCCGAGGGCUCGCCGGCCUCCAACGCCGUCGAGCCGGAGGGCGCGGCGCCCCCUCCGCCCGCGAAGGAGGAGCCUGCGCCCGCCCCUGCCUCUGCCCCCGAGAAGCGCGGGCGCGUCCUUGUGCCCAACACGCGGCGCCCCGUGCUGCGCCGCCCGGCCACGCCCAUCACGCGCCCGCGCUCGCAGGUCGUCCAGUCGCCUGUGUCCGACGACUACAUCAACAACUUCCCCGAGGCGGCCGCCCCCGAGGGCUUCCCCGGCGAGGACCCCGAGGAGGCCACCAUCAGGGACAACCUCUUCGAGCUGCAGCGGGUCAACUAACCCCCCCCCGCCCCCACACCCCCAAGAACGACACAACCUCGGCAGGAUGUCCCUCUCCCCCCGCCCCUCCCCCACGCAAUAGGCGCGCGCGCGUCGACUGCGGCGCAUGAGACGCGCGCGCGCGCUCUGUACAUAGCGCCCUAUUUAUCUCUCUGUCUCCCCCCUCCCUUUGCCCGCCCAGCCUCCGCGUCUCGCUGACUCGCGACUCUUGCAGAUGACUCAGGUGCGACUGGGCGUGCGAGGAGCUGACUCUUCGGCAGCUGACUCGCCUUCGCUGACUCGCAAGAUGAGUCACUCACAGGGUCGAGAGAAUCAGCUUUAUCUCGAGGUUGGGAAAAGGCAAGGAACCUUCGCUCAAAAACUCACCGUCCCUUUUUUUAUAAUAUUAAUACGAGUAUUUAUAGUUGUUGUUGAUCGUAUCUAUUAAAAAAAGAAGAAUGAAAAUUUGAAUCAAAAUACUAUAUGUUCUUUUUUAUAUAUAUAUUUCCAUUUUUGUCGUGUUGUGUAUGAGUGUGGUACUUUGGAAUGGUGUGGUGGCACUCGCUGUUUCAAUUAAGGAUGUGAAUAUGUAGGAAAUCAAAGAUAAAAUAGACCCUAGGGGAGAAUCCAUUGCUCAUAUAGAUGUUAUAAUUCACUCCCUCUCAACUCCAUUCAAUUAACUCCUUGCCAUAUGUUGCAGCGUUGCCAUCUCGCCUGCGUCCAAAGGUUGCCAAAGUUUCCCUUCAGGGCUGCCAACACAAUCGUGACUUUUUUGCAUAAUUGUUUGUUUGUUUUAUUUUUCUUGACAAGGAACAUUGAUACUAACUUCACUUUAUAUCUAAGAAAUGGAUAAUUUAAUCAGUUAUUUUAUUUGUGUGUAUAAAUAUAAGUGAAUAUAUUUACUUACACAUAUAUCUAUAUGUAUAUGACUGUUUACAUAUAUAUAUACACAUAUAUAUGUAUAUGUAUGCAUGUAUAUAUUUAUAUAUGUACCUGUAUAUAUAUGUAUAUAUAUGCACAUAUAUAUAUAUUUAUGUAUGUGUAUACAUAUAUAUAAUAGUGUACGUAUAUAUGUAUAUGUGGUGGUAUCUUGCAGCCCACGCCAUACUGCCUCAGCUCGAGCCAAUUAUUGUUGCGCUGCCGGCCAGUGCAACUUUUCCUGUGGUCUUUAUGAGACAUUUUUUUUUUUGUAAAUAAAGUACAAAGUGUA